AAAACCAGGCACUGCUCAUCACCUGCCCAAUACAAUCCCUACAGUGAAACAUGGUGGUUAACAUCAUGUUGUGGGGGUGUUUUUCAGCUGCAGGGACAGGACAACCGGUUGCAAUUGAAGGAAGGAUGAAUGCGGCCAAGUACAGAGAUAUCCUGGAGGAAAACCUCUUCCAGAGUGCUCAGGACCUCAGACUGGGCCGAAGGUUCACCAUUCAACAGGACAAUGACCUGCUUAGGGUCAUUGUCCUGUUGAAUGGUGAACCUUCGGCACAGCUAAAAUAACAAAGGAGUGGCUUCAGAACAACUCUGUGACCGUUCUUGACUGGCCCAGCCAGAGCCCUGACCUAAACCCAAUUGAGCAUCUCUGGAGAGACCUCAAAAUGGCUGUCCACCAACAUUCACCAUCCAACCUGACAGAACUGGAGAGGAUCUGCAAGGAAGAAUGGCAGAGGAUCCCCAAGUCCAGUGACUGUUGCGGCACAGACCUGUGAGGUUCCUGCAUCUGUGUCCAUCUCCCCAGCUCCUCCUGUGUCCACCUCCCCUGCUCCCCCUAUGUCCGUGUCCACCUCCCCAGCUCCUCCUGUGUCCACCUCCCCAGCUCCUCCUGUGUCCAUGUCCACCUCCCCUGCUCCUCCUGUGUCCAUGUCCACCACCCCUGCUCCUCCUGUGUCCAUGUCCACCUCCCCUGCUCCUCCUGUGUCCAUGUCCACCUCCCCUGCUCCUCCUGUGUCCAUGUCCACCUCCCCUGCUCCUCCUAUGUCCAUGUCCACCUCCCCUGUUCCUCCUGUGUCCACCUCCCUUGCUUCCCCUGUGGCCACCUCGAAGCAGAAAAGAAAAUCAAGGAAUGCAGACCCUCGUGAAUGUCCUGUUCAUCAAGGCUCAAGUGUUUUCCCUUUCAAAAAAUCCUCAAGAAAAGACUCAGAGAGGGCCGCGUCGAGGUUUUGGUGCAGUGGCAACCUUGCUCUGGAUGUGGAGUAAAGUGGAAAAACUCCUGGGAGCUCCAAGACAAUGUGGAACUUUGAGUGCAUAACAUCAUUAUUCAUAUUUGGAGAGUUCUGAAAUAAAU